AUGGCUGGCUUUGUGAGAGUAAAAUUAUUGAACUUGGAAGGGAAUCAGCUAUCAACGAACAACACUUACAUUGAAAUAAGAAUCAAAGAGGCAAAAGAAAAUGUUGAUGGCAACUUAUCCUUCAUUCAAAACCGACGAACGUUGCGUUUGGAGUGGAAUGCGUUUUUUGAUUCGCACUUGUACGAUCGCAGACUGGUUCACAUUGGCAUCCUUAGUAACAGCAGCAAGCAGCAGGUGGCGGAGGUCAUGAUCGGAGUGCACAUACUCUCCAACUACUGCCAUCAGUUCAAUGAUUGGAAUACUGUUACUCUUGACUUGAACCCAACUGGUAAGAUACAUAUGUUGGUCAGACACUUCAAAAACGAACAAGACUCUACAGUGCUUGCCAGCAAAGAAGAUAGCAGAGUUGAUCAAAAAUUGAGUCUGCAUUUCAACUUGUUAAAUUUGGUUACCAUAUAA